GCCCAGGGGAUGAAAAGGAAACUGAACGAUUCUGUAAGAAUCAUUUAGAUAAAGGAACCGAAAGAAUGCUUUCACUGAAAAGAAUCAUUGUGCACUGUCGCACUACACUGCUGCUGUUCUUUUGCACGUGUGGCCUUCCUGUUAGCUUUAACGAGUCUGGCCAUUCUCAGGGCGUUUUCGGCACAGAAAUGCCACCGCCCGGAUGUUUUUCCUUCAUCACACCAUUCUCUGGACACUGCAGUACAUGAGAAUACCAGGAAGGUGGCUGCUUUUGAGAUGCUGGAAUCAACGCGUCCAUUUUUAUAACUGUUUUGUCAGUCAUGCAUUUUGAAAACCAGGUUAGAGGUUGACGCUGUGAACCUCUGCACUUGGGUUGAGGGUGAUCGAUACCAAAUCAAUGGAAGCAUUUUCCAGGAUAUAUGGUCGCGUUAGGCGGCUAAUGCAUCUUCAUACAGGACACAGGAGACAACAGGGUCUGUGUGCUGCUGCCGACGUGCGGCUCAGUGUGCAGCAGGCUGCGGAUGUCUGGGCUCGCAGGUUUGAGGAGGCCGGAGUCUCGGAGCCCGGCCCCUCCAGUCAGUACAUUGUUGCACACGUGCUGGGAGCCAAAACGAUGGCCAACCUUGAGCCGGGAAUUCUGGGUAAGACACUGACGGAUGCGCAGAUGCAGCGGGUCUGGGAGCUCUGUGGAAGGCGCCUCUCCAGGAUGCCAGUGCAGUAUGUCAUUGAAGAAUGGGACUUCAGGGACAUCACACUGAAGAUGAGGCCACCUGUCUUUAUCCCACGACCUGAGACAGAGGACCUUGUUAGCUUCGUGCUUUCAGACCUUCAGCCAGCAUGGGGGGCUGGGUUUACUGUUCUGGAAGUGGGCUGUGGUUCUGGAGCAAUAUCUCUCAGUCUUCUCCAGAACCUUCCACGGCUCCGGGUCAUAGCCCUGGACAGAAAUAAAGCAGCUGUGGAUCUGACCAGUGAGAAUGCACACAGACUCGGCCUCCGGGACAGACUGCAGGUGAUCCAUUUGGAUGUGAUGCUGGAUGCAGAGAAGGUUCUGCGGGAGUGCGGUCUUGUCGACGUCCUGGUUAGCAAUCCCCCCUACCUGUUCUCACAGGACGUGGCUUCCCUGCAACCGGAAAUCCUUCAGUUUGAAGACCUGGCUGCAUUGGAUGGGGGCGCUGAUGGACUCCAGAUUAUACGACAAAUCUUAUCUCUUGCCCCACAUCUCCUUAAAGACCUGGGAAGGGUAUAUCUGGAGGUGGACCCUCGCCAUCCUCCUCUGAUUCAGCAGUAUGUAGAGGAGACCAAGGAAGUGGGACUGCAGUACAUCCAGACUCAUUGUGACAUCACAGAGAGACCGCGUUUCAGCAUCCUGCAGAAAACACGGCCUGAGCGAUAGACCGAGCAUCACCUGAGAGAAUGGGAGAGACGGGAUGAAACAUUUGUGGGAAAUACAGCACCUUGUAUGUGAUUGUGUAUGACAUGGGAGCUUGUUUGUGAUUUGAGGCCCAGAAAGGUGAAUGUGACUGCCUGUCCCAUUACCCCCAUUCACCUCUGUUUGCCCCAACUCAACCUCUUCACUCAGCUACAUGUUGCAACAGCUCAGAGGACAUUCAGAGGCUGGAUGCAGACAGACAGACCAGAGUACCUCUGGUUUGUUUUGUUUGUAGACUAAACCUCAGCUCAAAACAAAACUCUUGGACCCCCUUUUUUGGCUUUGUCUUACCUGUUUUUUUUUUUUUUGAGUAUUUGUGCAUUUUGAAGAAAAAUUGGUCCUACUUGGUUCGCAACAGGCAGGAAGAAAAUAAGACUAUUUAUUUUUUUUAAAUAGUAAUCCUAUUACGCUUACUAUAGUUAUGUUACAAGAGGAGCCGUGAUUGAAAAUGGCAUAUGAUUGAUUUGAAUUUGUUUUUCUUACCUGCUUACAAAAGUUACUUUUCAGCUCUUAUCUGUCUUACCAAAACAACAGCACAGGCUUGUAGGGGAUUUGGGGAGGGUUCUCGGGCAGCCCAAUACAAGUGUACACCCUGCACAGGAUGCCAGUCUAUCACAGGGGGCGUAUAGACUCAGUUGCAGAAAGAGAGAAGUGCAGAGAGAGAACGAGAGGUCGGGAUUCAAUCCCACAACCAUUGAGCUGCUGCUCCCCAAUGAGUCAAGAAAUCAACACAACAACUUUCUGGGUCUAACAUGAAGAGAAAUGAGAACAUGUUUCACCUUUAUUUACACCUUUUCAGUGUCUCAAUAAAAUGCUGUUUUUUGUGCAA